UACCGGUCUAUCGCUGCGCGUCGAAAAACAGCUGUUGUAACUUUCUUAUGGCGUGCUAAAAAAUUUGUUUUUAAUGUUAUUUUAUUUUAUUAAAUUCUAAACGUUUUUUGCAAGGGAUAAUUCCGUAAAGAUGUCAAGGAUCUGUUGAUAUAUAAUAAUACUUAAGAGUUAAACAUGAGCGAUCAAAAGACGGUGGAUCUGCUGUGGAACUGUGCUUCCAAACUAAGCGACCAAACCCACACAGAACGGCUGCUAAAGUCGUAUUACAUAACCACCUGCCGAAAGCUGGCCCGGCACAAUGUCCAGUUGCCCGAGGACAGCUUCGGACCUGCACGCAUGUGCUCCCGCUGCGGCAACCAGUGGACCGAUGGUCGCUACCAACUCCACCUCGAGCCACAAAGGCUGAGGCAGAGUGCCAGGAACCGGAGACUCAUCGCCCAGCUGGAAGCCGUCAAGGCCAAACCAACAAAGGGUGAGAUGAGCAGUGGAGCCAGGAAACGGGCCAAGUGGCUGAAGAAGCGCAUGGCCAGCCAAAUGGCCGUGGACUGCGAAGUUUGCCGGCACAAGACAAUGCUGCCGCUGGAGAAGACCAGAAAGCGCGCCAAACUCAUAGCCACGGAGGAGACAAUGGCAACCACAACACAACCUGCGGCAGAGGGCAAGAACAAAAAGAAGGCCAAAAGGAAGAAGUCCCAAGCGCCGAAUAAAGAUAUCAAUGCAGGCCUAAAAAUUCCACAGCCGCAAAAAACGCUACAGCAGCCUCCCAAACAGCCAGCGCCGUCCAAAAAAGCUUCCCAACCAGUUGGAAUGGCUUCCCAAAACCCAAGUCAGACGGCGAAGAAGAAAAAGAAGAAGCCAGCUCAGCCGGCGCCCGCCGCUGCCAAAACGCAGUCCAAGACCCAGAAGCAAAACGCCCUGCUGCAACUGGCCGCUCAGCUGAAAUCGAACGCGUUUAAAGACGCCAGCAAAUCGCAGCAGAACCGCCUGCAAGCCUUCCUCAAGUAGCGAUGAAAAUCGCUUCGACAAUGCAUUAAGCACAAAGAUUGUGGUUCGGCUGAAUGGAAAUACUUGUUGUGGCACAUAAUUAAGCGUUAGCACAAUACUAGAAUCAGGCUCUUUGUGCCGGUUGAUAAAGCCAGCCCAGGUGGGAACCUGUUAUCCAGUCGCCCGGUCUUCUGGGUCGAGUCACGCAACGGCUAUGCACUUAUCACUGCUGCCCGAGACGCGACCCAAGGUUGUCGAGAUAUUGCGCAGCCAACAUGGUCAGCAUGCUUAAUUUAUUUCUCGGAGCGCAACGUUUAAUUAAAAUUGAGUUGUUUGCCAUAGCGUCCCAUGAACGCGUCCUUCAAAGCUGCUCCCAAAAAGGGCAACGGAUCGGGCUCUCGAACAACAGCUCGCUUUAUCUGCCGCCAAUUGCACAAAGAGCACACGCACGAGAGAAGGCUCCAGUCCCAGAUUGGCUUCGACUUCGGCUUUCCUCGUUCCGCAAAGCAGACUCGGAUUUCUCGGCAGCUGCGGCAACAACAUCUGCCUGCCACAUUAGAAGAUUUCUGGUUUUACAGUCCAGCCUCUUUAAAUCGAACCAUGUUCAGAAAGUAGUUUAGAAAUUAGAACUCAUACUUUUAACUAGAUUAGAAUUGGUUUUUAUAUUUAGGUAAUAAACAGAACAUUUUCCAAUCAUU